CCUCACCAGUCGGCAAAAUUUCAGUCUUCUUUCUACUUGUGCGAUAAUAAAUUAAAGAAACAUGAACUCUUUUAUCCCACACUUUCUCCUCCUAACACUCUGUUUUGCUUCACUUUCGUCGCUCGUCUUCACCGCCGAGACCACUCCCGAUUACUUCUUCAUCAUUUUCCAAUGGCCAAAGACAAAAUGUGAAAGCAAAGAAGGGUGUUGCCUCCCCAAGAAGGGAGAGCCUGCGUUGAAUGAUUUCAUCAUUUCUGAGUUCCAGCCAUUUUAUGCCCAAGAUGGAUUGAUUCCAGAAAAUUGCAACACCACAACCAAAUUCCAGCCAUCUAAGGUUGCAGAUUUAGCUUCAAGUUUGGAAAGGUAUUGGCCAUCCCUAACCUGCCCUAGUAGGGACAGUAAGAAGUUAUGGAAAGAAGAAUGGGUGAAGUAUGGCAGUUGUGCAGAAUCGGUUCUUGAUUUGCAUGAUUACUUUGCAGCUGCCCUUAGAGUACAAAAGCAAAUUAAUCUCCUCAAACUUUUGAGUGAUGCAGGAAUCAAACCAAACGGGACGUAUUAUCCAGGAGAGAUGAUCAAUAAAGCGGUAGAGAAAGCAGGAUUAGGGGAAGUGGCAGUUACGUGCCGAGAAGACAAGGAUGGUUUGAACACCGUUCUAGACCAGAUCACCUUGUGCGGUACUCGAGAGGGCAACAAGUUUCCAUGCCCCGGCGCUUUCUGGAUUUGUGAUAGUAGAAAUGGCAAUAAAGUCAAGUUCCUUAAACCCUAAUUAAUUACUUAGGGAGUUAGGGGUAAUAUAAUAAACUAGCUAUUGGUACAUGGCUAUUCAUCAUGCAAUAGUUACAUUGUACCAUAAUGAGAAAAAAAUUAAAACAAGCAUUAUUGUAUACUACUAUAUAUAAAUAAAGUUCGAUAGAACUGAGUAGAUAUAAUUCAAUAGUAAGUUGUACUCUUUUUUUUAAUAAAUGGAUAUAAAUAUCUUGUUAUUGUGGAUAUGUCGAAUUGGAUGUACUAAAGAAAUGAACAACGUUUUAAUUGUAGAAAA